AUUCAACCUAUAUUUGCAAAAUGCCUUCUCUUACUGCUCUUGCCGGCUGGGGUGCUUUUGGUGCUGGUGUUAGAUUCUACCAGUUGGGUUUACUACAAAGAAAUCAGGCUAAGGGCAUAGUUGGUUACGCACUUUCUUCUGCUCUCUGGGUCGGAAUUGGUUAUACUGCCAUUGGAUUUUACGAAAAUCAACAACAAGUGUCUAAAAAAAGAAUUGCUAGUUUGCUAGAAAAAAGAGCCAAACGUGCUGCAGCUCAAGAAGCCGAAGCAUAAUUUGUAAUGUAAUUGAUAUUAAUCUUUACCAAUGCAACAAUGAACAUAAAAAUUGAAAAAAAAAAAUAAAUUGCUAUAAUGAAAUUUGUUAUAUGUUUAUAUAUGAAAUAGAGGGUUCAUUCAUAUGCAAUUCGAUUAGGUUGCCUUUCUAAUCACUGUCUUUUUAGUUUUAAUAUUCUCAUUUCCAAUUACCUUUUUAUAUUUAAAAUAUUUAUGUUCAUAAUUAUAAUUAUAACUGAGUUUAAAUUUAAUGAUCUUUUCUUUUUUUUUUUAAUUAUCUUUUUUAUUCAAAAUAUAAUUUCCAAAUUUAUCCAUUUUAAGAUCUUCAACCCCUUCAAUCAAUUUUUUUAUGAUUUCUUCAUUUUCUUCUUCCAACUGCUUGUUUUCUUUGUUGAUUCUAUCAAGUUCAUCUUCACUGUCUAAUUCGUCUUCAUCAUAAUUUUCGUAAUAAUCGAUUUCUGCAUCUUCGAAUUCACCUUCCAGUUCAUAACCAUCUUC